ACUGGUUUUCAAAUUUUUAUUUUCAAAAAAAAGAAAAAAAAAAGAAAAUUGGGGAAUCAACACACCCACUUAAUUAGUGGGGGGCUUAAUUUUGUUGUCGAAUAAAGCAGUCAUGCUUUAUUUAUUUCUCCUCCUAAAUCUUUCUUCCUCUUCGUCCAACUGUUUCACUCCAGGAGUUUGAUCAAUUGCCCGAUCGAGUAGUGGUGAGGUAGUAGGAGCUCGAGCUAUUAGGAGGAUCGUAAUAAUGGCUUUACCUUUCAUUGCCGAAUCGGUGGCGUCGGCGAUCAUCGACAAUCUUGUUGGCACAUGCUUAUCCUACCUUGAGGUGUACCCGGCGACCAGCGGCAUGCAGUACGAGCUCGAACGGCUGCAGCAGGCACUUCCGCAGGUCCAGGCAGUUCUGACUGCAGUCGAGGAGGGUGCGCCGGUCAUGGCACAGAACAAGGCGCUGGAUACGUGGCUGUGGCAGCUCAGAGACGCCGUGGAGAAUGCGGAGGACGUGCUCGACGAGCUCGAGUACUACGAGUUACAGAAGAAGACUACACGAGAUCGAGAUGACAAGGUGCGUGGUAUUCUAUCUAACUGCAAGAGAAAGUUUGAUAGUUUCGUUAAUCGUAUCUUUAGCGAUGACACACUGAGGCGGUUGAGGGAGGCCGUCAAGGGGUUGGAUCGGGUCAUUGCCGGUAUGGGGCCACUCCUUCAUCUUGUUGCUGGGUUAUAUGGCUCUGGCGUUAAGCGUCAGAACCUCGAGGAAAUUAAGAAUGCUCGCGAGACUAGCUCCUUGCUAACCGAAAGUGAGGUGCUCGGACGAGACGAGGAGAGGGACCUGAUAGUUGAAUGGCUUAUCAAACCGGGAGAUGCCGAUGUCAAUGUCUCCGCUUUUACAAUUGUUGGUAUGGGCGGGCUCGGGAAGACCACUCUUGCUCAACUAGUCAAUUGCGACAAAAGGGUGCGAGAGUACUUCGACCCGAUUAUGUGGGUCUGCGUUUCUCUGGACUUUGAUGCAGCUGCGAUAACAAGAAAGAUGUUAGACAACUCUUGCUCAACUAGUCUAAAUGCACUCCAUGAGAUUGUUAAACAGAAACUUACAUCGAAGAGGUUUUUGCUUAUACUAGAUGAUGUUUGGAACGAUGAUAAAAUGACAGAGUGGGAGAAAUUGGUUACUCCUUUGAAAUUCGGACAGAGAGGAAGCAAGAUCCUGUUGACAACUCGAAUGGAUUCAGUUGCGAAUAUGGCGGCAAAAGUGAUGAAAUGCAAACGAGAAUCAUUAAAUCUAAAUAAGUUGGAGGAGAGCGACUAUAUGUUGCUUUUCAAUAAGCAUGCAUUCCUCGGUGUGAAUCCUGAUGAUUAUAAAAACUUGCAACUGAUUGGCGAACAUAUAGCGACGAAACUUGGAGGAUGCCCAUUGGCCAUAAAGGUCAUGGGAGGAAUGCUGAACUCCUGCAUGGACUAUGAAUAUUGGAAGAAAAUCCUGGAAAAAGACAACAUGAAAUUACAACAAGGAAACGACGGCAUCAUGACAGUUUUAAGAUUAAGCUACGAUCACUUAUCCACAAACUUACAACUCUGCUUUAGAUAUUGUAGUUUAUUUCCGCAGGAUCAUAUGUUUAAGAGGAAAAAGUUGGUCAAUAUGUGGAUUGGUUCGGGUCUGAUUCCACAAUCUAUUUGUGGAAGGCAAAGGCCAGAGGAUAUCGGAAAGGAGUAUUUAAAUCUUCUGACAAGAAAAUCAUUCUUUACUUGCGAAACUAGUGAUAAUGGGCGGAAAAUUACCAAACAGUAUUUUAUGCACGAUCUGCUGCAUGACCUAGCACAAUCUGUUUCUCUAGGGGAAUGCAUCAGAGUAGGAGGUGAUGUUGCAGGAAUUACUAUUCCACGGACAGUUCGACAUUUAUCUGUUAAAAUGGUCAAUCUUCUUUCCUUCAAAGAGAUCUCCAAUCUUAAGAACGUGCGCACUCUUGUCAUUUAUGUUAAAGAGGAUAAUAAGCAUAAUGCAGAUCAUGCACUUCAAUUUCUCGAGGUUAUAAAAAGGUUUAAAAAGUUACGCUUAUUGAUCUUAUAUGUGAAUUUUUACUCUCAUAAACUGCCCGAUGCACUUAGUAGCUUGAUACACCUCCGCUACCUAUCUUUUUCACAAGGGGAAGUUGUGAAUGAAAGUAUUGAAUAUGAUGGCUUGACCAAGUUGGUCAAUUUGCGUUCAUUAGUUGUUUCCAAUGAUGUGAUAAGAAAUAUUCCUUUUAUUAGCAAACUAUCCUUCAUCCACAAAUUAGAAAAUUUUAUUGUUCGAGAGAAGAGCGGUUACAAAAUCGGUGAACUAAAGAACCUCAGGGACCUUCGUCACCUGUGUAUUAGGAAACUUGAAAAGGUGAGGAGCUCUGAAGAAGCCAUUGAGGCCAAUUUAAACGAGAAAAAACAUCUCAAAUCACUAUCAUUGAAAUGGUCUAAAGACCGCUUCAAUAGUGCAGAGGUAGAUGAACAGCUCCUCGAUAAUCUUUGCCCGCAUAUCAAUCUCAAGAAAAUGCGCAUUGCACAAUACCAAGGUGCUAAAUCUCCAUAUUGGAUGACAAAUCUGUCUCUUGUCAAUUUGACAUUCAUCGAACUAUGUGAUUGUAAAGGAUGGGAGCACCUUCCAUCUCUUGGGCAGUUUUCUUCGCUCCAAUAUUUUUGGUUGAGGAGACUGCAUGCAGUAAAGCAAAUAGAUUGUUCAUUCAAUAGAAGCAGCAGUGGAUGUGCCUUUCCAUCAUUGAAGAAGUUAUUCUUCGAUGACAUGCCUAACUUAGUGGAGUGGAUUGGAGUAGAUGACCGGUGCAUGUUUCCUCAACUUCUUUUUAUGAGUAUUACUUGCUGCCCUAAUUUGAGGGAAAUUCCUACUCUACCUUAUGGUCUAGGAGACUUGUAUAUUUCUAAUGUUGGAUUGACCGCUCUUCCAACAAUAAAUCAGGAUUACGCAAACAACAAUCUGCAAGAACAUUCUCAGGCUCUUGAAAAUUUAGCCAUUGGACAAUGUGAGAAGCUCGAAUAUGUUCCACCAGAGUUUUUUGGGAAAUUCAAAGCCAUAAAAUACUUGCACAUAAAAAAGUGUCCGAAGUUGACAAAACGUGGGAUCUCAGACAUCCAACUGCCCUCUGUACUCAAUGAACUCACUAUUGGGUCAUGUGGCGACCUUGAGGUGUCACUGCUGUGGUCAGCGAAUUUAACUUCUCUCACUGAGUUGGAAUUACUCAAUUGUGCAAGGAUAGCAUCCCUUCCCCCACCACAAGUGUGUGCACGGUGGACGAUGCUUUCCCGCUUAGAAAUAAAGAAUUGCAAAGAACUGUCAUCAUUAGGGGGAAUGCAAGCUCUCGUAUCUCUCCAUUCCUUAAAAAUUGAAGGGUGUGACAAGCUAAUUGGAGUUGCCCUGCUGCAGCCUCCGUUACCAAACGAUGUCGGCCAAAAGAAUGCAGAGGACUUCUUUUUGAAGCUUGGUAAACUAUCAAUUGACCACCACGCACUCCUGCUCUUGGAGCCAUUGAGAAGUCUCUCCUCCAUCAACAAUUUGACUAUCUCUGAUGCUUCGCAACUCCCCAGCUUACCUGAGGAAUGGCUACUGCAAAAUCACGCUGCCCUCAAAUUUUUAGAAAUACAGAAUGCAAGCUCCCUUCAGUCGCUACCCGAGAGCAUGACAAGACUGUGCUUCCUCGGGUGUUUGGUAGUGCAUAAUACUGAUCUCAUCCAGUCACUUCCAGACCUGCCUACUUCACUGCGUACUCUACAUAUCACCGGGUGUCACCCUGUGUUGAAGGAGCGGUGCCAAGAGAAUAUAGGCCUUGAUUGGCCCAAGAUUGCCAACAUCCCUAUCAGGAUGAUUGAAUAGCAUUUGCAGAGGAUUACUCACCUUUUUUUUUUAUUUCGGAUAAUGCAGCAGCAGUCAGUGCAGGUUGUAUCGAUAUUUGGUGUAAAUUUGGUGGAUGCUCCAGCGAUAAGACUCGGUCGACUCACCAUAAAAGGAAAAUGAGAGCUACGCUGCAGCAGGCAUCAAUUCGCAAACCACAUCCUGCAAUAUCUUACAUUUACUUUCUCUACAUUUUUUAAACGAACUUUAGAUUCAUUUCGCAUUGAUUGCACACAACAACUGAAGCGUUACUGCUUAUGUUUUGUGUUUGGUGGUGCGUGAAUGAAUUACAUACUAUCGAUUUCUGUAUAUAUAGGAAUGUAACAAGACCAAAGUAGACUACUGCCUAUGUAUUUGUAUUUUCUUUUUGUUCUCGGUGGUGUAUGAAUUAAAAACACUCCUCUUAUUAUAGCCUAUCGAUUUCGUCCUUGUUACAAA